AUGUUUUUAUUUAAUUUUUCAGGAAAGAACCACAAGCAAAGAAACUCCAACAGAGGAAGAAAGGAAAGAAACACAAGCAAAGAAAACUCCAACAGAGGAAGAAAGGAAAGAAACACAAGCAAAGAAAACUCCAACAGAGAAAGAAAGGAUAGAAACACAAGCAAAGGAAACUCAAACAGAGGAACAAAGAGAGCCAGUGGCUGUGUACUGGCCCCACACCCUAUCUACUACUGGAGCUACGCCCCUGGUCGGGUGGUAGAAACGCUUGAUCAGCAUCUAACUGUCCGUUUCUAUGACAACAAUCAGAAAAACAUCAACAGAUGGGACGUGUACGCUGCCAGGGACCGAGCGAAACAUGACAAGGACGUGGCGGAGAUUCGCCAGCGAGAGAAAGACUGGGAGGGACUGGAGGCUUUCAUCAGAGACGAAUCAGGCGUGUAUAAACUAGGUACAAUAGAAAAACAGAUGGGACGUCAGCAGAAAUAUUCCGUGAGAUGGGGCGAUGGCCAUUGCAGCGAACAGAUGUCCAUCCACAUCUAUGGAACAUACACCCCUAUCAUCAAGUUCAAGGUCGGCAGCUACAUCCUGGCACUUGCUGACCCUGACAGAAUACAUUUCCUUCCGGGUCAAGUGAAAAAUGUCCACAGAGAUGGAGACGAUCAAAAGCUAGAAGUGGAGUUUGUCAAUGGGAAAAGCUCAAACAAUGUACUCUCCAAACAUAGUUACUGGAUGAACAAGAUGGCGUUCCAUGAGGCGGAGGAGAUGUUUCUGAGGCAUCACCAAGACAUGAGUGAUGAGGAAGACUCCCCUCGUUAAGACUAGACUGCAUUUUGGUCAUCUCCAUCCAAUAUAUGACAUCUCGGAGAGCAUCUGGAAGAAUCCAUACUGGAUCUAGAGUCACUAGUUUCACAAUUCACGUGACUGUCACAUGACACAAUAUGGCAGAAGUCACGGCCCUUAUAUACUAA